AUGCCGGUCAAAAUUACAGCCAUCUUUAACUACAGCUCGCCCAGACCGUCCAGCAUGGCUGUACCUGGGAAAAGGUAUAAAGAAGGUGGUGAAGCACUGUUGGUUCUGUUGCCAUCAGAAGAAAAGGGAAUGUUGCAACAGCUUCAAGAAAGGAAGGUCCCCAUUAACAAAAUCAAGAUCAAUCCGGACAAGUUAACAAAUGUGCAGCAGAAACUGGAGGCUUUCCUAGCACAGGAGCAAGCUCUAAAGGAGCGUGCACAAAGAUGCUUUGUAUCCUACCUGCGGUCUGUCUAUCUGAUGAAAAACAAAGAUGUCUUUGAUGUGUUUAAAAUGCAGUUGUCAGAGUAUGCUUGCUCGUUAGGCCUGGCUGUGGCACCAAGAGUUCGCUUCAUUCAGAAAGCAAAGAAGCAGAGGGAGGAGAGUGCGAGAAACAAGACAGGCACCACCGGAGAGGCAGCCAGUGGAGAGGAAGAGGAGUCCGGCACAGAGGAUGAGCUGGAGAACUUCAAAGCUCGUCUCAGGGGCCAGAAACCCACUUCAGUGGGGGCAGCAUCACGAGGCCAGGGAGAAAUGUCACGUCCUUCAGGGGACCUGUCCUCUGGAGGAGAGUCGGAGGAGGAGUCUGGUUCUUCAGGAGAGGAGGAGGAAGAUGAGACUGGAGGGGAGACAUCAGGGAUGAAGUUUGUUGAAGAUGAUGAUGACGACGAUGAUGACCUGAAAGACCUAGAUUUACUGACUGUGAAGAGAAGGGAUGUCUUUAGUCUUGAUGCUGCUUCUGAAGAGGGAAAUCAUCUGAAAGGGAAAUAG